AUGGACGACCACCCUGGGGACCCCGAGACGGAAGAUGGAGAGGUGGAGGGUCUGGCCUCGCGGCUGUCCGGGGUCAAGGCCAGCUCCGUCCCCCACUUCCCGGUGGAACCCGCGAAGCCGGAGCCGGAGACGAAGACGGUAGAGGCUUCGGAGGAAGGCGCCGCCGCGCCGAAGCCGGCCAAAUCCAAGGAAGGGCUGGCGGUCACCGAAGCUGCUGCCGAGGAGAGGCCCGGAGAUCUUGAGAGCCCGGCCGAGGCCCAGGAGGAAGCCGAGCCAGGGAAGCCUCGGGAGGCCGGGCCUGGGGAGCCAGCCGAGCCGGAGCCCGAGGAACCCGAGGAGGACGGGGAGGAGGAGGAGGGCGAAGAAGAGGCGGCGGCGGCGGCGGCGGCGGUGGCGGAGCCCGGGAGGAAGGGAGUCCCGUCGCAGGUCGCUCUGCAGCAGGCCACGGCCGGCAAGGAAGAGGCCGCGGCAGCCCGGGGCACUGCGCGGGAAGGCCAGGUAGAGGAGGACGAAGAGAGCGAGGCGAGCGAGGAGGGGUUGGAGUCCCGGGUACCCCGGAAAGACGAGGACGAGCUGAGAAACCUGGACGAGGGGCUCGCAGUCGAGCCUCACGACUGGAGCGAGGAGGAGCAGAAGCAGCAGGAGCAACAGCUGCGUGCCGAGCUCCUGGAGCAGUACCGCGCCCUGGUGGUGGAGCGCGGCCGCUACCAACGCUACAACAGCUACCUGCAGCAUAGGAUCUUCGAGGCGCUGCGCAAGAAAAAGGGUGUGGAGGCCGCCGCCGAGGCGCCCGGAGGCGACAGGGGCGCGGAGCCCGAGGCCCCCGAGAAAGAGCAGGCCUACCUCCGCCAUCUGGCCGUCCUGGAGGACCUGCGGAAGCAGGAGGCCGACGACCUGCGCUGGUAUCACCGCGAGCUGGACCAGCUGAAGCUGCAGUGCCGAGAGAAGGUGUCCCGGGUGGACAAGGAGUGGCGGCGCUUCCAGGCGCUCGAGAAGCAGGUGGUGAUGCAGGCCAUGGGCAGCUGCCGGAUGAGGGGCGGCCGCCAGGGCGCUCUGCGAGAGGUGGAGCAGAUCCAGGCUCUGGAGGAUAAGAAGGAGAAGGAGAUGAGCGCCGUGAGGCUAGAGAAUGUGCAGCUGAAGCAGAGCCUGGUGCAUUUUGAAACCAGGAUGAGGACGCAGGAGGACCUGACUGAGGGCCUGCUCCUGAUAGACUUUGAACAGCUCAAGAUCGAGAACCAGACCUUCAAUGAAAAGGUCGAGGAGCGGGACGAGGAGCUCCUGAAACUGCGCCACAAGGUGACCAACAACGUGCAGAUAAUAACUCACGUGAAGGAAAAGUUACACUUUGUGGACAUAGAAAACAUGUGUAAAAAGGCAGAGCUCAUGGAGAUUGAGGCUCAGGUGGCCCAGAAGAGGGACAUCUUGACCAAGACUAAGCAAGCCCGAGAUGGCCUGCGGCUUGACAACAUCAGGCUGAAUCAGAAGUGUGGGCUUCUAGGCAAGGAAUCCCUCCUCCGGGACAUGGAAGAGAAGGUGGACAGGACGGAGGUGCUCAACCAGCGCCUGGCGAGCCUGAAGCACCACCACGCCGGGCUUGUUCUGUCCUGCAGAGGCGUGAAGCAGAAGAUCAGGGAGGCCAAGGCCUUUCUGCCCUCCUGA